GGAAGCUCUGGCUUGGCCUUGGGUUCCGCCGUGGCGGGGAUGUCCGGUGGGAGAAAGUCAGGAAGUCCGCGGGGCUGGUGGGUUUGACUCCUCAGCUUCAGGCUUUUGGUAAAAUCGGGCGAAGAGACGCCCGAGAAAAAGAGCGCGGGAGGGAGCUCGACCGCCAAGGAAAAGAGCGAGCGGGCAGGCAGCACCGGGGCAGAACCGGACUGUGCGGGGUACUUAGAGGCCGGUGCCGGUCGGCGCCGCUCCCUGGGCUAUGGUGCGGGCAGAACUCUGGGCGAUCCCCAGUCUCCUUCGAGCUCUUUUCCCUUGCUACUCGGAGCUGAUUUAUGCGGAAACAUGCCUUGCACUUGUACCUGGAGGAACUGGAGACAGUGGAUUCGACCUUUAGCGGUGGUCAUCUACCUGGUGUCCAUAGUGGUUGCCAUUCCCCUGUGCGUGUGGGAAUUACAGAAACUGGAGGUUGGAAUCCACACCAAGGCUUGGUUUAUUGCUGUUAUCUUUUUGCUGUUGACCAUACCUAUAUCACUCUGGGGGAUAUUGCAACAUUUAGUGCAUUAUACACAACCUGAACUACAGAAACCAAUAAUAAGGAUUCUUUGGAUGGUACCCAUAUACAGUUUAGAUAGUUGGAUAGCUUUGAAAUAUCCUAGCAUUGCAAUAUAUGUGGAUACCUGCAGAGAAUGUUAUGAAGCUUAUGUCAUUUACAACUUCAUGGGAUUUCUUACCAAUUAUCUGACUAACCGGUAUCCAAAUCUGGUAUUAAUCCUUGAGGCCAAAGAUCAGCAGAAACAUUUCCCUCCUUUAUGUUGCUGUCCACCAUGGACUAUGGGAGAAGUAUUGCUCUUCAGGUGCAAACUGGGUGUCUUGCAGUACACUGUUGUCAGACCGUUCACCACCAUUGUUGCUUUAAUCUGUGAGCUGCUUGGUAUAUACGAUGAAGGAAACUUUAGCUUUUCAAAUGCUUGGACAUACUUGGUUAUAAUAAACAAUAUGUCACAAUUAUUUGCCAUGUACUGUCUUCUGCUGUUUUAUAAAAUCCUGAAGGAAGAACUGAGUCCAAUCCAACCGGUUGGCAAAUUUCUUUGUGUAAAGCUAGUGGUUUUUGUUUCUUUUUGGCAAGCAGUAGUUAUUGCAUUGUUGGUAAAAGUUGGCGUUAUUUCUGAAAAGCAUACAUGGGAAUGGCAAACUGUAGAAGCUGUGGCUACAGGACUCCAGGACUUCAUUAUCUGUAUUGAGAUGUUCCUUGCUGCUAUUGCUCAUCACUACACCUUCUCAUAUAAACCGUAUGUCCAAGAAGCAGAAGAGGGUUCAUGCUUUGAUUCCUUUCUUGCCAUGUGGGAUGUUUCAGAUAUUCGGGAUGAUAUUUCUGAACAAGUAAGGCAUGUUGGAAGGACCGUCAUGGGACAUCCUAGGAAAAAAUUUUUUCCUGAGGAUCAAGAUCAAAGUGAACAUACGAGCUUGUUAUCGUCAUCAUCACAAGAUGCAAUUUCUGUUGCCUCUUCUGUGCCACCUUCACCCAUGGGUCACUACCAAGGGUUUGGACACACUGUGACUCCCCAGACUACACCUACUACAGCUAAUUCAUCUGAUGAAAUAUGUAAUAACACUACAGGAGAGAAAAGAGAACGUUCAGAUAACUCCGUUGCCUCCUGAACAGUGCAAAGCAAACUGCUCUACUAGUGUUGCUUCAUUACCUGGUAUCGCAUUGCUCAGGAUUUUGUGCUUGGGACAAGCCAUAAAAAAUGGAAAAUUUCAACACAAAGAUAGGCAAAGGCCAGGUACAACUACUGGAUUUAUAUAACUUGAGUUUUGUAUAUCACAAAUAAUUUGUCUGAAUAUCCUAGACCUAGAUUGAUUUCUUAGCAUUAGAGUAUUACAUACUCAAAUGGUAGAAAAUGACUACUAAAUGUUCCUGAUGUUAAAUUGCUUUAUCAAGAGGGUGGACUAAAUGUUCCUAAUUGGGAAAUUGCUUUAUCAAGAGGGGGUUACAUUAAAAAAAAAAACAAAAAAACUUUCUACCACUGCUGCAUGAAUUUAAUGCUCUGGAUUUAGCAGAAAGUAUAAUUGAGAAAUAUGAAUUAGUGGAACUCUAUCAUGUGCCAUAUGCUUACCUGAUAAUUACUUCUUAUUUCUCAAUUGGAUGUCUUCAAUAAAUAAGAAUUUAUCAUUUAUUUUCUGCAACUUUUUGUCUCAUUUAUAAAUCCUUUUUUUGGGUUUUGACAAAAAGUUCUUUAAAGGCUAUUGUUUUUAUUAUUACUUCAUUAUUUUAAGGGCUGUUAGAAAAAUUCUUUAUUUCUAUUAGGGCUAAAGAUGAUAUACCUACAACAAAAGAUAUACAUAUCUUAUAUUCCUAUUAGAAAAAAUACCUAAGACACAAUCUUACUAAUUUGAAAAAUACAUUGUUAAUUUGAAAAUUUUUAAUUUUUAAAAAAAUUUAAUGAUUAUAAAAAAUAAAAAUCUAAAAAAUUAAUCUAAAAAUCUGACAUUGCUAAUAGAUUAGUAAGUAGGUUAGCCAUGACUUUGAGAUUAAGAUAAUUAACCAGCAUACAGAAGAAUACAAAAGAAACUUGUGAUAGAAAUGGACCCUACUUUUCCACAGUGCUUAUUAAAGGUGUCAGAAGACAUAAA